AUGUCUAAUCCAGAUGAUUUAGAUGAUGGACUUGCCUAUGAUUUUGAUGCUGAACAUGAACCAAUUUCUGACGCUAAGGUUGACAGUCCCUCAAGCAAUGUGUUACAAAAGAGAUCCAUAGAAGAAGAUGAUGGUGAUGUUGAUUAUACGGAUGGAAAAAAAGUGGAAAGAAAUUCAGAAGACGAUUCGGGAAGACCUGUGUCCAAAAGACAGAAGAAGCUACAGAAAAAAUCAAAGCUAAUUGAGAAAAGGAAAGAGGAAAGCCAAUAUAUUGUCUCACAACGAAAAGCGAUUCCUGCAAGUUCGCCAGAAAAAAUUACAGAGUACCUAACAACUUUGAUACGAGAAAAAAAUCCUGAGUUGAGUGCUUUAGAAUUAGAGGAACUAUACUUCAAAAAAAAUGAUUUCCUUUCGACAGAAAAAUUUGACGCUGAACGUAGAUUAAGCAAUUUUCCUGCUUUUAUUCAAAAGUUUUCUGUAGCUCCAAAAAAAAUUGUUUUUUCUAUGUCUAAUAUUAGAGUAGCAGAUGUUUAUCGUAGUCUAAACGGCGGCAAGAAUUGCGUUAAACUAUUCUCUAAAAGUAAACUAAAGGAUGAUAUAGCCACCGUGGAACGUUUGCUUGCUGACAAACCAAAAAAAUCAAAAAAUAACAGAGACACCCUUUAUUUUAUCGUCACACCAACAAGAAUGCAGAAAAUUAUAGAAGCAACCGACUUAUUAUUUCAAGGAAAGGAAAAGUUAGACAUCAUUCUUGAUGCAAGUUAUUUAGACCCUAAGGAUAACACUAUAUUAUCAUUUGAGAAUGCAGCUGUCCUCUGCCAAGUCUUGAAAACCUUUUUGAAUAAGAAAAGUUCGGUGAAAAUACUGCUAUAUUAA